UUAGCAGGUCGAUAGCAUACGAGCUAACUAGCUCAAUACAGCAAAUGUACAGUGGCUAGAGUACAGCAGCGAGCAAUCGGCUUUUACUUAUUUAUUUUGUAACUAUUUGGAUAGUUAAUCGGUAAAUUGGAGAAUCGGAGGCGAAAGGAGAGCUGUUAUUAUCCUCCACAGUGUAGAAGAAUGGUUGUUCCUGAUGGUGGAAGUGUGCUUCAGCCAGCAGAUGAUUGUACUACAGAUGAAGAGAUGUCCAGUUCAGAGCCGGGAUUUGAUCAGAACCUGACCGGGAUGGAGCUGGAGGAGGUGCGUAAGCUGCAGGAGCUGGUGCGACGUUUGGAGGUCCAAAAUCAAGCCCUGCGAAACAGGGGCAGCAAACUCGUGCUGGGGGGUGCCAGCAACAGCCACCUCAUGACCGGAAGUAACAUUAACAACCUCACAGACUCUUCUCACAGAGCUGAGGAGCUGUCACCUCCUCCGGGGAGCAGCAGCAGUGAGGAGAUGUCUCCACUGCCUGACGCCUCCAGAAGGGAUGAUGAACAGGCCGGGUUCUUGAAUCUGCCCUGUGCCUCUGGCUCCAAACAAACACAGCAACAGUUUGAGACGAGUUUGUCUCCAGAUAGCUGUGAUUCAGAGACACUUGGAGGAAGUGAUGCUGGUAUGGACCACUCCGCUCUGGAUGAGGUGGAUGUGCUGGACUUGGAGACGUGCACAGAGGCAGAUGAUGAAGACCGCUGGUUGUACGUGUCGCCAAAGAAGCAGGUUGUGGCAGAAAAGGGGCCCGAGUCUCCAUUGAAAUGGUGCAGGAAGGUUCUGGAUCACCCCAGUCCAGAGACUGAAGUCGCCUGUCGGACUCUCAUCAACCGACUAGACCAGACCACGCGGUGGAAGAACGUGUACAGCAGCCCAUCUCAGGCGGCUGAGGCUGGCGUCUCGGCACCCUCCUCUGCUGGGUACCACAAAUCAACUAACAAAACGCUACUAACCUCUGGCAGCUCAGGUUACACGGGCAUCCAUUCCACUCUCAGCUCACAAUCGUCUAUAGACAGUGAAUUAAGCACCUCAGACGACUCUAUCUCCAUGGGUUAUAAGCUUCAGGAUCUGACAGAUGUUCAGAUAAUGGCUCGUCUGCAGGAAGAGAGUCUCCGUCAAGAUUACGCCUCUACCUCUGCCUCACGCCGCAGCUCGUCGGCCUCCUUGCAGUCCCUACGGCGAGGCACCCUCAGCGAUCAGGAGUUUGACUCGUACAGUCUGGAGGAUGAGGAGGACGAAUGCUGCUCUCUGCCGCAGCGGCUCCAGCGCUACUCUCCCUCUCCACACAGCUCUCCUCGCUGCCUCUCUCCCAGCACACUGGCAGAGUACAGCCGCCUCGCCGCCCCUCGUCCACGCAUGUCACGACGCUCCCUACAGAGCCCAGGGGCCAAGAGUGAGGAGGAACUGAGGCACAGCAUGCCAAACCUGACCCCGCGCACCAGCCUGCGCUCUCUGGAGGCAGUCAGAAACAGCCGUAGCAUGGAGGCUAACUUACAGAGCUCAGGCAACCGCACAUCCCGCCUUCCCCACUCCCCCACAGGUCUGUCCUCCACACGGAUGAGAGUUGAUGGCCAGUCUCCUCUUUCUCUCCGGACUCCCAUGAAAGCUCACUGUCCUGUGGGCUCUAUGGUGGCAGCGCGGCAGCACAUCAGAUCAGGUACCCAGGCAGGUCCCUCAGCCGGGAUAAGGAGAAUACAGUCCCCAGGACCUUCUAAUGGUGCUACAUACUCGGGCUGCAGGAGUGCUACUGCGACCCGACAAAAACCAGGAAGAGGCGUGACACCAGCAUCUCCUUCCUCCAGAGGUAGAAUUCCACAGGCACCAAGAAGGUAACUUAGAAAUGUCUUCCAUACAUUUAUUGGUCUAAAAGCAAGACUUACCAUAUUUGAACAUACAGUAAGUUCCACCUGGUCAAAACAAUAUGUUGUUGAGGAAAAACAACACAGGUAAGUCGCACUUAUAAAUAUAUUUUCUUCCGUCGGUCAGCAUGUCGAGUCGCUCAGAUUAUCUCAAGAAUUUUGCAUCGGAUCACUUUGUAUUUGGGUUUGUUUUAAUCAGGAGCAUCUGCUUAAAGUAAUCAGAAUUUUUGUCCAUCCAAAAGUAAUAUGUAAAACAAAGCAGAGUAUACCAUUCUGCUCAUGAAUAUCUAGUUUACUUGCUGCAAAGUGCCUCAAACAAAACUUUCUAAAACUCGUAUCUUUUAAAGAUUUGAUACCACAAACCUUGCCCAUUUUAACAAAUACAAUUAUUAGUUGUGUUACAGUUUGGGCAAUAUGAUUAAAGUUUAUAAUUUUUGGUUGAACCUGACACUAUCCAUAUGCAAAGGCAAGAAAAAGUAUGUGAACCCUUUGGAAUUAGCUGGUUUUUAUGCAUUAAUUGGUCAUAAAAUGUGAUCUCAUCUUCAUAAAAGUCACAAGUAUAGACAAACGCAAUGUGCUUAAGCUAACAACACACAAACAAUUAUAAUCUUUCAUGUCUUUAUUGAACACAUCCCAUUUAACAUUCAUAGUGCUGUGGAAAAAGUGGAACUGGUAGAUUUUCGUUUGGCAGCAAUAACCUCAACCAAGUGUUUCCGGUAGCUGCGGAUUAGACCUGCACAAUGUUCAGAAGAAAUUCUGGACCAUUCUUCCUCACAGAUAUGCUUCAGCUCAGCCAUAUUCUUAGGAUGUCCGGUGUGAAUGGCUCUCUUGAGGUCAUUCCACAGUAUCUCUAUUGGGUUAAGGUCUGGUCUCUGACUGGGCCACUCCAAAAGUUGGAUUUUCUUUUUUUGAAGCCAUUCUGUAGUGGAUUUACUUCGAUGUUUAGGGUCAUUGUCCUGCUGCAUCACCCAGCUUCUAUUGAGCUGUCACCCUGACAUUAUCCUGUAGGAUAUCUUGAUGAACUUGGAAUUAAUUUUCCCCUCUGAUGGCAAGUAGUCCUGGCCCCUAAGCAGCAAAACAGCCCUGAAUUAUGAUGCUCCCUCCACCAUACUUCACCAUUGGGAUGAUGUUUUCAUGUUGGUAUGCGGUGAACAGAGAUGUUCACCAGUUCCAAUGAUUCCUUCAAGUCUUUAGCUGUCACUCUAGGGUUCUUUUUUUUUAUCUCAUUGAGCAAUCUACGGUUUGCCCUAUGAGUCAUUCUGGCUGGACGGCCACUUCUAGGGAGAGUAGCCACAGUACUAAAUCGUCUCCAUUUAUAGACAAUUUGUCUAACUGUGGACAGAUGAAUAUCUAAACUCUUAGAGUUAACUUUGUUGCCCUGUCCAGCAUUAUGCAAAGCAACAAUUCUUGAUCAUAGGUUCUCUGAGAUCUCUAUUUUGCAAGGCAUGGACCACAUCAGCAGAUGCUUCAUGUGAAUAGCAAACUCAAAAUGUUUGAGUGCUUUUUAUAAGUCAAAGUAGCUCUAUCCCAUACCUCCAAUCUCGUUUAAUUAAUUGGAUGCCAGGUUUGCCAACUCCUGACUCUAAUUAGCAUUUGUUGAUGUAAUUAGCCUAGGGGUUCACAUACUUUUUUCAACCUACACUGUGAAUGUUUGAAUGAUGUAUUCAGUAUGUAAAAGAACAAUAUAAUAAUUUGUGUUUUUACUUGAAACAGAUUGUGUUUGUUCAUUAUUGUAAUUAAGAUUUUAAGACAGAUGUAUACAUAAAUGCAGGUAAUUCCAAAGGGUUCACAUACUUUUUCUUGCCACUGUAUUGGCAAAAUGCAAUGGUGUUGAAGCGAUCAUGUGUAAAAAAUUGAGUGAGGUGAGAUUAUUUUGCUUGUUUUUCCCAUAGCAGAUCACUGGGAUGACUAAACCCUGUGCUCCCAUCCCUGAUGAAUCCUGGAAAGAUGACUGUUACUGAUAGCCCCUCCAGUCUUCCUCACAGUGAAGUCCAAUGUGGCUGCACUGCCUCAACAAACACAGAGGCCCUGAAACGAGCUGUUACUCUGGGGUGGGAGUACCAAUGGAGGAGUAGAUCUGGCAACACAGUUUACUUCCAGAGACUGCAACAUACAUUUUAAUAUUUUGCUUGUUUGUAAAACAUCAAUCUACUUUAUUUUUGUGAAAACCGGGGAAGCUGCUUGAAAAAAAAUUGAAAUGUUUGAUGUCCUGAAAAACAUGUAAUUUAUGUGAAACAAUGUGUGGAAUUUAAUU